AUGAAACCAUUUUUAAUUACAGAUGAGCAACCCCUCCCAAGAUCAACCAAUUUUUAGACCACCACUAAAUUAAUCAAGGUCACCUUAGGAUCAGGCAUAUUCGCUAUACCCUUUGCCUAUUCUUAAGCUGGACUGUUGUGGGGUGUGGUUUUGUAAUUGUUAAUUUGCGCAACGUAAUAUAAAUCAUGGUGUACAAUGGUAAAUUGUUUAGGAGAGGACAAACGACAAACUCUAAUCGAGUAUCUUUCAUCUGUUUACGGAGAUCGAAGUUGGAUCUACAUUUUGGCUAAAGUGAUGUCAAUCCUCUUGAAUUUUGGAUGUGGUUUGUCUUACAUCAUAUUGUUCUAAACAACAAUCGGAGAGUACUUUGAUAACACUUUGUGGUGUAAAUUGGUUAUGUUCUUCUUAUUGUUUAUGAUAAUUUUUGGGUUUUCUUUUGGCAAAGACCUUUAGAUGUUUACUCCAAUUUUGAAAUAUGCCCUGGUGCUAGUCUACAUUUCAUUUGCUUAUCUCUCAAUAUUGGCUGUUGUAUAAUAUCAGAAGUGGGGUUUGGUUGAACCUGAUGCAAAGAAAGUUAUGAUGGCAUUUGGAAUUAUGAUUUUUGCUUAUGACAUCAAUGGGGUUUUGACAGAAAUAAGAGUUGAAAUGGAGGAUACGUUGUCAUUUAAGAAAUGUCUCUUUAUGGCAAUGUUUUUAGAAACUAUACUCUACUUGUUCUUCGGAAUUACAAGCUCAUUAUUGUUUAAAUCAGAUACUGAUCAAUCAAUCAUUACAAACUUCCAGGAAGAAUUCAAAGGGAAUUAUCCUAUAGAAAUCACUCUUUCAAUUUUAAUGAUUUCAUAUGUCUCUAUUUUGAUUAUCAACACAUUGAUGGUCAAUAUGCCAGUCUAUCUUUUAGUCAAUUUAAGUCCAGACCAAAUUAAAAAAUUCACUUUGAAAAUCAUCUAUGUNUCUAGAGUCUAUUUAUGUCUUAGAUUGGAUUGACAUAGACCUCUAUUUCUUUGGCUUUUUUGAGUUUUUGGGGAUUCUUGAAUUGUUUGGCAUAUUUGAGUCAAGAUUCAGUGAGAUUGGAGAUCAGGAGUAGAAAAAUGUCAGAAGAAUAAUAAGUACAUUGAAUAUACAUUUAGGAUAUGUGA